CUCUCUCUCCUUCUGCAUUUUCAUUCUUUCAUUCGUUCGCUGCGUUCCAGCUAAAAUGGCUUAUCAAUCCUCCAUAAAGAUCCAGAGGAAAGGCUUCAGUAAUUCAUCUGCCAUCCUCCCUGGUUCAUGCCGCCCCACUUACAGCUCCAGCACUGUAUCCAGAACUGGAGGCUGCAGCGUUGGUGGUGGUUUGGGUAGAGUCGGUGGUGGCAGCAGCUUUGGCAGCCGAAGCCUAUACAGUAUAGGUGGAUCUAAGAGGAUCUCAGCUGGUGCCACCGGUGCCUGCUUUGGCAGUGGCAUUGGUGGUGGAUAUGGAUUCGGUGGUGGUGCUGGCGGUGGAUAUGGGCUUGGUGGCAGUGUAGGUGGUGGGAACUUUGGGUUCGUUGGAACUGGUUUUAGUGGGGGCAGAGGUGGUGCUGGUUUCGCAGUUUGCCCACCUGGUGGAAUCCAAGGAGUGACUAUCAAUCAGAACCUGCUGGCACCGCUCAACCUGGAAAUUGACCCCAACAUCCAAAGACUCCGUAAAGAGGAGGGGGAGCAGAUCAAGACACUCAACAACAAAUUUGCUGGCUUCAUAGAUAAGGUGCGUUUCCUUGAACAACAGAAUAAAGUCUUGGAAACUAAAUGGACACUACUUCAGCAACAAGACCAGAAAAUUGUUAGAAACAACAUUGAACCACUCUUUGAGCUUUACAUGAACAACCUCAGGAAGCAGCUAAAUAACCUGGACAACGACAGAGCGAGACUGGAUGGAGAACUGAAUAACGUGCAGAAUCUUGUUGAGGACUUCAAGAGCAAAUAUGAAGAUGAGAUCAACAGGCGUACAGCAGCAGAGAAUGACUUUGUAACCCUUAAGAAGGAUGUGGAUGGUGCCUACAUGAACAAAGUAGAACUAGAAGCCAAAACAGAUAGCUUGAAAGAUGAGCUCUGCUUCCUCAAAGCCCUGUAUGAAGAGGAGCUUGCACAAAUGCAAGCCCAAGUCACGGACACUUCUGUGGUUCUCUCCAUGGACAACAACCGCAACUUGGACCUUGAUAGCAUCAUUGCCGAAGUCAAAAAUCAGUAUGAAGAUAUCGCAAACAGGAGCAGAGUUGAGGCUGAGUCUUGGUACCAAAGCAAGUACGAAGAGCUCCAGGCUGCUGCCGGAAGGCAUGGUGAUGACCUCCGCAACACCAAGCAUGAGAUUGCUGAAAUCAACCGACAGAUCCAGAGGCUGAGAGCUGAAAUUGACAAUGUGAAGAAGCAGUGUGCCAAUCUGCAGGCAGCCAUUGCUGAGGCAGAAGAGCGUGGUGAGCUGGCCCUCAAGGAUGCAAGGCAGAAACUGGCUGACUUGGAAGAUGCUCUUCAGAGAGCCAAGCAAGACAUGGCCCGCCAGCUGAAGGAGUACCAGGAUCUGAUGAACACCAAGCUAGCCCUGGAUAUUGAGAUUGCCACUUACAGGAAGCUUCUGGAAGGAGAGGAGUGCCGGCUGGAAAAUGAUGGAGCCAAUGCAGUCAACAUCUCAGUUGUGUCUUCAACCAUGAAUCGCAGUGGUGCUGCCUGCAGCAAUCUGGGCUUUGGAGGUGGAAAUAGCCUCAGCCUGGGAGGAGGAAGUGGAUUUGGGAUGGGAGCAGGCUGUGUAGGCCUUGGGAGUGGACUUGGUGUUGGAGGAGGCAGCUACAGUUCUGGAAGCGGAAGAGGCAUUGGCGGAGGGGUGAGCCUUGGAGGCGGUAGCUGCUCUAGCAUCAAAUUUGUAUCAAGCUCCUCUUCUCAAAGGGGCUGCAGAAAGUGAACUGCAAUCUCCCUCAGUCUCCUCCAAUGAAAUAUCUGCUGGUCUCUGGUGCUGUUCCAGGUCUCACUGAUGUCCAUCAUGCUACAGACAAACAUCUGCUCCUCCUGAAUCAAUUGCUUUUGUAGACCUCU